UUUCUUUGUCACUCUUUCUCAAACAGACCGCCCUCCGUGUCUCUAUCUCACUGUCGAAGCAGUCAGUCAGUGUUUCUUUUCCAGCUUCUGUUCUGUGGAGGAAAUUCAAUUUGGUUUCCCGUAAAGCCGCCUCCUCCUCCUCACGGACUCAUAUAAACAUCAGCUCCUUUUCUGCCCCAAUCAUUCUCAAACAGACUGUCCUCCGGGUCUCUAUCUCACUAGAAACAGACAGUCAGUGUUUCUGCUCCAGCUCUGGUCUGUGGAGGGAAUCGAAUUCCUAGGAUGGCCACGGAAGAUCAGUGGAGCUUCAUUACAAGUGAACAGCAAAUGCACAUUAAAACAGCAAUUGAGAAAAGUCUUGCUGAAGGAGUUGUAAAGAUCAAUGAGUAUUUAGAAGAGCAGAACAACACUCCACUAAACAUCGCCAUCACUGGAGAAUGUGGCUCUGGAAAAUCCACCUUCAUCAAUGCUUUCAGAGGCAUAAACGACAGCGAUGAAGGAGCCGCCCCGACUGGAGUUGUUGAAACCACCACAGAGGUCAAAGCGUAUCCUCAUCCGAACCUCCCCAAUGUCACAUUGUGGGAUCUCCCUGGUGUUGGAACCCCCAACUUCCCAGCUGAUGGGUACUUGGAGAAGGUUGGAUUUGAGAGGUUUGACUUCUUCAUCAUCAUCACAGCCUGUCGCUUCAAAGAAAACGACGUGAGACUCGCUCUGGAGAUCAGGAGGAUGGGGAAAAAGUUCUACUUUCUUCGUUCAAAGAUCGACUUUGAUAUAAGCAACGAGGAAAGACGUCAGAGUAACUUCGACAGACAGGAGACUCUCAAAGUCAUCAGAGAAAACUGCACUGAAGGUCUUCUUGAUCAAGGCAUUGAGGCUCCACAGGUCUUCCUGGUGUCCAGCUUUGAGCUCCACCUGUUUGAUUUCCAUUUGCUGGAGGAGACAUUAGAGAGAGAGCUUCCUGCACACAAGAGGAACGCUUUUGUGUAUGCUUUGCCAAAUAUCAGCAAGGAGAUCAUCAAGAAGAAGAAGGAAGCUUACCAAGGACAAAUCAAGUAUCACGCCGCCGUGUCUUCAGUUGGAGCAGCUGUACCAAUUCCCGGACUUUCUGUUGCUGUCGACGUGGCCUUGGUGAAAAAAGUUGUUGAGGACUAUGUGACCGGGUUCGGGCUUGAUGAGAGAUCACUGAGGAGGCUUGCUGACUCCUCGGGUGUGCCGUACUCUGAGCUCGUUUCUGUCAUGACGUCACAACUGGGAGCAACAACAAUCACCCUCGAGCUCAUCCAGAGGCUGCUGAGCCAACUUGCAAAGGAAGUGGCGUUAAUGGUUGCAGAGGAAGUAUCAAGAUUCUUCAUUGUUAUUGGGAUUCCAGUGGCAAUGUGCCUCUCUGGUUAUGCCACUUACAGAGUUCUGCAUUUCUUGCUCGACCAGGUUGCUGACGACGCUCAGAGAGUGUUUGAAAAGGCCGUUAAAUAAAGCACUGAAGUGCGAUUCUGUGGCACAUCUCAAAGUGGUGAGCACUCAAGUUCCUCUGAUUAAAUAUGAGUGUAACACAAGAGUGUGGUCUGAAUAUGUGGAUGAUCUGCAUGCAAUGCUGAGGGCUACUCAUUCAUCACAACAAUGCUUUUUGAAUAUGUUAACUUUUAGCACUUUUUGUUAUUAAUGUUGACGUGCAUGAUGACAAUAGCUGGUGUGAUAUAAUGUGGAGGGACUACAGGCAAAAGCAAAGCAAAUCACAGCCUGCAUGCAUUUCAUGUUUGGUUCAGUCUUUUUCUGAGGUUGAUGCUGGAUCAUGAUGAUAUGUGUACAUUGUUAAAGUCUUCACUGAUCUCGAGUAAUUCUAUUGAUGAUGUAGAACCAGGAAAGAAAAAAAUUUAGAUUUCUUCUUUCCCCCCCCCCCCCCCCCCCUCAGAAUCCAUUUGAAUUUUAUUUCGUUUUUGUCCAUAUCAUUCAUUUGGUUUCAAGAGACAGUGAUGUGUUUUCUUUGGCCUUCAGAUUGAUUAGAUUAUUAUAGUUUAUUUCUUUCAUGGGGGCAGAUUGAGAGUCUGGAACAGUUAUUAUUCAGGUUUUGAUGAUCUCUCUCAGUUGUUCAUGAAUGUUUUAACUUUCAAAGGUUUUUUACUCUAUAAAGUCAAGUAAUCAUAAUAAUCAUAAUACACAUUUUUGUUUCACAUUUUUUGCGCAUGCUUCCUUACAAUAUAAAAUCAUUUGUAACCAGGACAUACAGGACAUUUCAUGAUAUCAAAAUAAAAACACUUUUGCUGUCAAGUCACUACUUUCAGCUGUGAUGUGCCAAUGACUCAUUGCUAUAAUAAAAUCAAAAAGAGUGCUUCAA